AUGGACGCUCCUCGGGGCGUGCUCCAGGCCCUCGGUAUGGUACGCAACAGCUCGUCAGAAGAGGCGACUGCGCAAAGGGCGGUCGCAGUUAGUGGCAACAUGCCAGAAGACGAGCUCUCAAAUGACAAUUCCCUUGCCUUUCCAGCGGGGGACAAUGCAAUCUUACGCGCGAAGACGAAGCGGGUGCUCAAGCGCCGCGAGUGCUCCAUCUGCUGUGACGAGGUCGCCAGCAACCGCUUCCCGAAAGCACCACACAAGGGUGCCAACGAGCAUGGCCGAAACGUCUGCUUCAAGUGCUGGGAACAGCACCUCCACUCCCAGAUUGACGAGACAGAUUGGGACAAGAUCAGCUGUGCUCAGUGUGGCCAGGUGCUGGAGGAAGCAGAGUUCGAAAAGCUCAAUGCUAGCUUCACUACGGAUUUCUACCAGAAAUGGCUCGACAAGGCCGCCAGAUCGUGCCGCGAGAGCGAUGAGGAGUUCCGGGCAUGUCCCAAUGCUGAUUGUGACUGGGGAUGCUUGAUGUCCACCAAGGCCGAUGGUAACAUCUUCCGCUGCCAGAUGUGCAAAUACCGCUACUGCAGCAUGUGCGGAGCGCCCAUGCAUGAGGACAUGACUUGCGAAGACUAUCAGGCGAAGCUCCGUCGUGAGCGAGAGGAGGCAAUCCGUCAGGAAGAGGAAGCUUCGAGGGCGGAGGUCUCCAAGACCACGAAGCAGUGUCCGAAGUGCAAGAGUGCGAUCUGGAAAAGCGGUGGCUGUGCUCAUAUGACUUCGCUGUAA